AUGAAAAUACCAGGUGUCUUUCUGCUCCUCUCUCUGGCUCUUUUCUGCUUUUUCUCAGGUGUCUUCAGUCAAGGAGAAAAGAUUGACUGUGCUGAGUUCGGGGAUCCUAAGGUCUAUUGCACUCGGGAAUCUAAUCCCCACUGUGGCUCUGAUGGCCAGACAUAUGGCAAUAAAUGUUCCUUCUGUAAGGCAGCGGCGAAAAGUGGUGGGAAGAUCAACCUAAAGCACUAUGGAACAUGCUGAAUUGGAGCCACUGUUUUGUGCUGAGCUGCCAACUCUCUGAGACUUCUUUUCUUGUGUAUGCUUUGAUUUUUCUCUAGAAGAUAGCUUAGAUUUAUAAAAACACAUCUUCUUCUCUGCCUGGGUCUUGGAGAGUUCAAUAUAUAAUAUUUUCCUUGAUUUGCUUAACAAUAAAAUAAA